AUGGGACUGUCAGAGGGGUUCUGGCACCAUGAAUACUGGCUGCCACCUGGAGCUACCUGGGAAGACAUGAAGGGUAUACAGUACCCGCAGCCUCAGGACCUCUUGCUCUGCAUCCCCGGUGCCCUGCUCUUGAUCACUGUCCGAUGCAUCUUUGAAAGAACUGUAGCUCUGCCCUUGGGCCGGAGGUUGGGUGUGAGUGACAAGCUGAGGCCCAAACUUCAGCCCAGUGCCACACUGGAAGACUUCUAUGUUCUGCUGGGCAGGACCCCGAAGGAGGGGGACCUUAUUUCACUGUCCAAGCAAAGUGGCCUGCCAGUCAAAAAGGUGGAGACCUGGUUCCGGCACCGGCGGGCCCAGGACCGGCCUGGGCUGAUGAAAAAGUUCUGUGAGUCCAGCUGGAGAUUUACAUUCUAUUCAACUUCAUUCUUCUCUGGGCUGGCUCUCCUGUACGAUAAGCCCUGGUUUUGGGAUCAUACUGUGUGCUGGCUGAGAUUUCCACACCAGCCUCUCCCACCUGCUCUGGGCUGGUUCUACCUGCUGGAGCUCUCCUUCUACUGCUCUCUGGUGGCCACCCUACCCUUCGACGUGAAGAGGAAGGACUUUAAGGAACAGAUCAUCCACCACAUUGCCACCAUCACUCUGAUCUUUGUCUCCUACUGUGCCAAUCUUGUACGGUUUGGGAUGAUAGUCAUGCUGGUCCAUGAUGCCUCUGAUUAUAUUUUAGAGCUUGCCAAGAUGCUCCAUUACAUGAAAUGGAAGCGGGUCUGCGAAGCAGUCUUUAUUGUUUUUGCUGUGGUUUUCAUCAUCUCCCGGCUUGUCCUUUUCCCGUUGAUCACAUACUAUUACUUUGUGACAAAAUUUCAGUUGUUCCUUGUAAGCUGUGUGAUAAAUGCUUUCCUGAUGGUCCUGCAGUUGUUACACAUCUUCUGGUCCUAUCUAAUCAUCCAGAUGAUCUUUGGUGUCAUCCUCCAUGGUGCGAAAAGAAAAGAUGCCAGAAGUGACACAGAGGAAAGCGACAGGAGUGAAGCAGAAGAUCUCUCAAAAAACCAAGAGUGAUACAGGUCUUGCUGCAAAAUACCAAUGACCAGGCAGAUUCCCCAGGUCCCAUUCAGCCUUCCAGCUUUUAAGAGAGAGGCCAGACUGGCUCACAGAUGGCUUCACAAUGGUCUGCCUGGGGCAUCACCCGGUAUCUAGAUGGAAGUGAAUUU